AUUUCACACGUGCGAGGCCACUAGAGGAUUUUUGAGGAAACAAUCCUUUUUUGGCACGCCCGGUGGGACCUCAUCAUGUCUUACUUACAGUUUUCAGAUCCGUUGUUCUUUUUCCCAAGAAAAAGUGCAAUCAUGCCACCAAAAAGAAACGUUGGGAAGGCUGUCCAGACUUUACAUAUUGGGCUUGGUGAAGGCAGUCCAACACACUCAGAAGGAGAGAAUGAGCCAAUCAUUCCACCACCAUUGUCACCAAUACUUAGGGAGCAUUCUUUUGUCAAUCCUACCUUCAACAAGGGUAGUGAAUCUGGAGAUGAUGUUGCUCAAUCUGGUGAUUCUCUUGUGAAAGCUGUGUCAGAUCAUAUUAGCAUCAUGAGGCACACACUGAUGGAAUCUGAGGAGAAAGCUCGACAAAGGAGCCAAGAGGUUUCUAGACAGUUGGAUGAGUCUUUUCAGAAUCUGGCUCAGAAUUUGGCUCAAAGUGUAGCCCAAAGUGUAGCCGACAUGCGGCGAUCUAAUGAAGAAAGUAACAGAAUCUGGCGCGAGCAAAAUGCAGAAAAUUGGAGAGCUUUCCAAGCUGAAACGGAACGAAUGCAGGAGGCAUUUCGACAUGUCAGAAUUGAGCCUCAGCCACAAGCAGCAGAUCUUCAAAGGCAGAAUCAGAAUAUUCCAGCUCCAGCAAUCGGGGGGCAAGUAAAUCUGCCACAACCACCUCCCCAGAUUCAGCAAGUAGCAGGCGGACCAGUGCAGCCAGAUCCUGUUGAGGUUGCAGCACGUGCAGCAGAUCUGGGAAAUCACCAGCAUCCUAGAUAUCUGCCACCUCCUCGCCGACCAAAUGGAGGACAUCAACAACAUAAUGCACCUCCACAAAGGGAGCAUUUCCAGCCAUAUGUGCCACCUGUGCAGCAAAAUCUUCCAAAUCUGCCAGGACAGUACAUCAAUCGUGAUAAGAUCAUUGACAUGGUGCAGGAGGCUUAUGGUCCAGUUCUGAGGCCUCUUGUCAGACCUGCCUACAGAAAACCAUAUCCAGAUUUCAUAGACCAAGAGAAUCCUUUUCCAAGGGGGUUCAAGGUUCCAGAAUUCACUCUAUUUUUCGAAGAUGGUGGAUAUUCUACAAUUGAACAUAUAGGCCGCUUCACAAUUCAGUGUGGCGAGGCCUCCGGUGAUGAUAAUCUAAAGCUCAGGCUUUUUCCUAGUUCUUUAACUAGUACAGCUCUCACCUGUGAGCCAGAAGUGUCCAUGGCAGAUUUAUCUCGUCUGGAAUUUGUCAAACUGGCACAAAAUGGUCUGGACAUUGAAUUGAGGAAAAAGUUUGAGGGAAUGGAGUUUCGUGAUUUCUUUGAGUUGUCUUACAAGGUGGCUCGUUAUGAAAAUCUGUUGCGAGAGGACACACAAAGGAAAUCUACAUCUCAUGGGACGUAUUAUGGUGAUGCCAACUUUGCUCUGGACGUGGCAGAAGUGGUGGCAGACAAGCCAGUUGUUUGCCCAGAUUUGGUUAAAGUGGCCCAGCAGACCGACAAAACAGUAAAAUGUUAUGUCGAAGAGGCUGGAAAACAAUGCACCUUUGACAUUUCAAAAACUAAUGAAAUUUUUGACCACCUUAAAAAAAGUGGUCUAAUUAAAUUGCCGCCGGGACAUAAAAUCCCAAUGGCGGGCGAAAUUGGAAAUAGAGAAUAUUGUAAAUAUCACAAUUCUUGGAAACAUUCUACUAAUGAUUGUGUGAUUUUUCGGAAUGUUUUACAAGAAAAAAUCGACAAGGGAAUUCUGCGCUUUCCAGAUAAGGCCAAAGAAACUAUGGGAGUUGAUGCAGACCCAUUCCCUACCAUGUUUGUUGGGGUGAACGCGGCAGAUCUCAGGAGCAUUACUAGAGACAGAACUCAGACAUACUAUAGGCGUAGACUUGCAGUUGAUGAUCUGAGGUGGGUCAUUGAGGAGGCCAGGGCCCGCAGAAAUCAAGUCAGAUCAGGUUCAUACCGAAGGAGACAGCCCGGGGGGUACAACUCAACUCAACAGAAAAAUAAUGCAAAUCAGGGAACUGCGAUAUCUGCAGGUGCAAAAAAGCCCAGAAUGGUGAAACCACCACCCAGAUCUCCAACCAAACGAUGGGAACGUGUGGUGCAUCCAAAAUUUCCUAAAGAUCAGGCUCAGCUGCUCCCAGCAAGAAGAAAAUCAGUGUGGGUCCGUAAAGAAAAAGGGAGUUCAUCUGAUCAGAAUUCUCCAGAAAAGGAGGAACCACCUAGAAUUCCAACAUCACCUCGAAUUCUGGCUGUGGAAUCCAAUGAAGAAUUGAAGGCAAAGUUUGACGUGUCAGAUAAAGCGAAAAAUUCAUCAGGUGUAAUCUGUUUUGGUGAGUUUUCCGUGAAUUUAUCUUGCUUGGUGAUCACUCUUCCUUUGGUCUUUCAAGCAAGAGAGCAGCCAGAAUCUGCAGUCUGUCACCAAACAGAUUUGACUGAGGAAGAAGAAGUCAUUGAGAUCCCAGCUAAGGUAGAUGGUGGCAUGGAUUUAGCAGAUAAAAUCAUUUUCGAAAAACCAGAAGAGAGAAUGGCCAGACGCAUCAGGCCAUUAUACAUUCAUGCACAUCUAGAUGGUAUGCCAAUAAAUCGAGUUCUGGUUGAUAAUGGAGCAGCUGUCAAUGUUUUGCCAACUUGUAUUCUACACAAGAUUGGCAAAUCCUUGGGUGAUUUAAUGGAGACAGAAGUGACAAUCAGUGACUUUACUGGUGGAGUAAAUAGCUCAAGGGGAAUUCUGCCAGUGGAAUUUACUGUUGGGAAUAGAACUCUCAUGUGUGCAUUCUUUGUGGUUGACACCAUUGCCACUUAUAAUGCAUUGCUUGGGAGAGAUUGGAUACAUUCCAGCUGGUGCGUUCCUUCAACUCUGCAUCAAAAAUUAAUAUUCUGGAAUGGUGGCAGAACUGAAGUCGUGACAGCAGAUGACAAACCAUUUGUGGCGAGUACCAAUGCAGUGGAAGCUCGUUAUUAUGAUGAAGAUAUUGGGACUAUCCGUUUCUUUGGGAUGGACCGCUAUGGCAGACUUUCUGGAAUCAUUGCCUGCACCAGAUCUGCAAUGGACAGACAUACUGUGAAGGAGAAAGAUCGAAUUAAGCACCAGAAAAAGGAGGCCGUGGAAGAAAUCAAGAGAAAGUUAGCGGCUUACCUUGCUGAAAAACGGAUCUGUGUAGACAGAUUUGAAGUAGUCUACGAAGGUGAAGAGGAAGAUUUGAAGGAUCAGAUAACACUAGAGGAAUUAGAUCUGGCACCAGCAAAACUUGAUGAUCUGAAGGCAGAAGUACAAGAUCCCCUAGAGGAGGUAAAUCUGGGUAUUGAGGCAGAUCCGAAAAUUACUUUUAUUAGCGGUUCUCUUGAGCCGUGUUUGCAUGAUAAAAUUAUCAAUAUUUUGCGUGAGUACAAGGACUGUUUUGCUUGGGACUAUUCUGAAAUGCUAGGUCUGGACAGAAAUCUGGUAGAGCACAGAUUACCAAUUAGACCAGAUUUCAAGCCUUUUAAACAGCCGCCUAGACGAAUGUCUCCAGAAGUCACUUUAAAAGUCAAAGAAGAGAUAGAGCGGCUGUUGAAGGUUGGUUUCAUCAGAACUUCCAGAUAUGUGGAAUGGUUAUCUAAUGUGGUUCCUGUGGUUAAAAAGAAUGGCAAGCUGAGAAUCUAUGUAGACUUCAGAAAUCUAAAUCUGGCAACACCAAAAGAUGAAUAUCCUAUGCCUAUUGCAGAUUUAUUGGUGGAUGGUGCGGCACGCCACCGAAUUCUGUCAUUCAUGGGUGGCCACAGUGGGUAUAACCAGAUUUUUAUAGCAGAAGAAGACAUUCCAAAGACCGCUUUCCGCUGCCCAGGAGCUAUUGGUACGUAUGAAUGGGUAGUAAUGCCAUUUGGUUUAAAAAAUGCGGGUGCAACUUAUCAAAGAGCCAUGAACGCCAUCUUUCAUGACAUGAUUGUUCGUUUUAUGGAAAUUUAUAUUGAUGAUGUGGUUGUGAAAUCAAAUGAGGAUGAAGAACAUCUGGAGCAUUUAAAGCUGGCUUUUGAAAGAAUGAGAAAGCAUGGUCUAAAGAUGAAUCCUUUAAAAUGUGCAUUUGGCGUUUCUGUUGGAAAUUUUCUGGGAUAUCUGGUGCAUGAGCGAGGUCUGGAAGUAGAUCAGAACAAGGCAAGAGCUGUUAUUGAAGCACAGCCGCUAAGAAGAAAAACCAGAGUUUUUUCGCCACUGCUGAAGCUGAAAUCAGAAGCAGAUUUCAAAUGGGAGAGACACCAUCAGACCGCCUUUGAGGAAAUAAAGCAUUAUUUAUCAAAGCCGCCGGUCUUAGUGCCUCCUUUAAGAGGCAAACCUUUGAUUUUGUACAUAUCUGCCGCAGAUGAAUCUGUUGGUUUACAUGUUGUCUCGACCACUGUUGCGAGGCAAAAUUGGGAAAUGGGUUCUGGCCUUGUCAAAAUUCAACUUGAAGUACAUGCCUCAAAAAGCUGUCAAGGGGUAGGCCUUGGCAGAUUUCCUGGCAGAUCAUCCGUUCCUGGAGAUUCCAUGUCUGGAGCAGGAAUUAUUAUUAUUUCUCCAGCUGGUUUGAAAACCCAGAUGUCAUUUCAGCUAGAUUUCAAUUGCACCAACAACCAAGCUGAAUAUGAGGCGAUAAUUAUUGGGCUGGAAGUGUUGGUAGAGCUCAAGCUCUUGGAGGAAUUUGAUGAUGUAAUCUUGAGGCAUGUUACUCGAGAUCUGAACACAAAAGCAAAUGAGAUGGCACAAAUCGCCUCGGGCUUAAAAAUCCCAGAAGGAGUGAUGAGCAGAAUUGUUGUUGUGGAAAAACGAAUUCUGCCAUCUAUUCACAUGCGUGGUAUGGCAAUUUCUGCUUGUUCCAUAGACAUAACCCAGACAGAUUGGCGCUAUCCGAUCAUGGAAUACCUCAAAAAUCCAAAUUUUAAGGUCUCAAGAAAAACAAAAAUGCAGGCCUUGAAUUAUGUUCUAUUGGAAGGUGUUCUUUAUAGAAGAGGACAUGAUGAACUACUUUUGCGCUGUCUUGGUCCAGAUGAGUACUGCCAGAUUAUGUCAGAUGUGCAUAACGGAAUCUGUGGUGCACACCAAGCUGGAAUUAAAAUGAGAUGGCUAAUUCGUAAACAUGGAUUCUUUUGGCCAUUGAUCUUGAAAGAUUGCAUCAACUAUGCUAAAGGUUGUAAAGCCUGCCAGAUUCAUGGACCACUGCAGAGAGUUCCAACGUCAGAACUCCAUCCAAUCGUCAAACCAUGGCCAUUUCGAGGAUGGGCCAUAGACUUGAUCGGUAAAGUUUAUCCUCCUUCAACUAGAGGGCAUUCUUUUAUUAUUGUUGCCACAGAUUACUUUACCAAGUGGGUGGAAGCAAAGCCAAUGAAGAAGGUUGAUCAGACCGAUAUUAUUAAAUUUCUUAAGGAAGAAAUCAUUCACAGAUUUGGUUUGCCAGAAACAAUGACUUCAGAUCAGGGGACAGUUUUUGUUGGUGCACAAGUGGAGGCAUUUGCAAAAGAAAUGGGAUUUAGAACUUCACAAAGGAGUUCCACCAAGGUAACUCCAUUCUCUUUAACUUUUGGACAUGAUGCUGUUAUGCCCAUGGAGUUAUCUACUAGAUCAUUGCAUAUAGCAAUUCAACAUGGUCUCACUUCUGGAGAAUAUAAUGAAGCAAUGAUUCUAGAGUUAGAAGACCUUGAAGGUAUGCGAUUGACGGCCUUAGAUAGGCUGCAAACACAGAAAUUAAAAGUAGCUCAAGCAUACAACAAACGGGUGAAAUCCAGAAGUCUGGCAGAAGGAGAUCUGGUAUGGAAAGUAAUUCUGCCACCUGGAAAGAAAGACCCCAGAUUUGGGAAAUGGUCUCCAAAUUGGGAAGGACCAUUUCAAAUACAUGAAGUGCUUAGAGGAGGAGCAUAUUGGCUUGAAUCAUUAAAUGGAGAGUUACAUCCUCGAAAAAUAAAUGGAAUCUACCUUAAGCCUUACUAUCCUAUGAUAUGGGAGGCUAGAGGUUUGGAUACCAUUGAUUCUACCUGAGACAGAUUUGAGGUAGGAUUUGUAUAGUAUUUUAUUCCAUUGUUUUAAGCAUUUUAUCAUUCAAUAAAAGUGCUGAGCCGAA